AUGGCUUUAACGAUUCUUUUAUUCAGAGUUUCUAAUCUCGAAGUGUCAAAGGCAAAACUCCCCGAUGACCUUAGCGCAUUGUCACUGUGUGCGAAAAUCACAUUUCGAGGUGCCAGUCUUUGGUCAAGUGCUGUACCAAUUGAGGACGAUGUGGCGAAUUUUCUUGUACGUGAAGAAAAACCGAGCAAAUUCGAUUUUCACUUGGCCAGUCCGCUUUUAUCUGAUGACAAGUUCCAAAUGGAGUUCUAUAUGACUACAAUGAAAAGGAAGAAAAAAAAGCUAUUGGCGGUUUUUGAAGUACUUUUGGAAUCGUUGAUCGAUCGCAAAUCGAUCGAUCUAUCGGAUGAGAAUUUAUCUGAUCCGAACAAUUAUUUAUUAGAAGCAACUUUAGAAGCGAAACUUCAUUACAUGCCACCCAAUCUCAGCAAUGAACACGCUGUCAUGUUCGAUGAAGGACAUAUGAUGGAUUGGAUGACUUCUUUCGAUGAUAAUGAGCAAGAAAACAUCCGUUCAAAACGUAACUUAAAACGACGUCGUGUAAAAUUUUCUAGUCAUACGGAUGAUACAGACACUGAUUCAGACACGGAGAAUGAUAUUCGUGAAAGUCGAAGUGUUCAUCAAAAGUUUAUAACCAUUACAGAAGAGGAGAAAUUAAAGAAUCAGUAUAAUAAUCUUGAAUUACUUGAAAAAAGUUUAGGUCGAUACGAUGGUGAUGUAUAUCAAAUGACCGAUUGGCAAAUUAUGGUACAUGUUAUUCAAGGACGAGAUUUUUCUGGAUUGGAUAUCAAUCCAUAUGUAUGUGUACAGAUUGAUGAUCAGAAACGAUAUACAGGAGUACAUCGAUGUUCGAAUUCACCUUUUUUCGGCGACUUUUUUACAUUCGAUUUUUCUUUACCGGCCACACAGAUGAUGGAGAAAGUGAUCUACUUCAAGGUUCAUCAUGCCAAAGCUUUUGUUAGUACAUUUGCAGACACAAAAGCGAAAAGUAUAUUUAAAGUUGAUGUGGCAACGGUGUACAAUGAAAAAGAUCGUGCAUUUGAACGAAAAUGGGCUCAAUUAAUCGAUCCUGACUCUAUUCAGACGAUCUGUGGUCAUUUACUACUGUCUGUUGCCAUUUCUGAACGUGGUGUUUCGUCGAAAAAUAUUCUCGGUGAAAUAACUCAAGGUGAUGACGAAUUAAAACCAUCAAAAACUUUCAUUCCCUCUGCAAUGCCACGAAAUCAAUUUCCUGUGCAACUAAAACUGACAUUCUUCACAGCCGGCGAACUACCUGAAAUGAUGACUGACUUUCUCACAGCUGUUUCGAAAAAGUUUCUUCGAUCAGACUAUUGGGAACCUGUUGAUCCGUACAUUGAGGUCACUUAUAAUGCUAUACAAGCUACGACUAAUCAUCGAAAUGGCACAUCACCUGUUUGGAGCGAAGCGCUUUAUUUAAUUGGACAAUUUCCACCAUUAGUUCGAACGAUAAAAGUUGCUUUGAAAGAUCAUGCAGCUAUUCAACAAGAUCGAGUGAUUUCAACCUUUCUUAUUGAUCUGUUCGCAAUCAGUGAAAGCAAUCCAUCCACGGGAUUUUUACCAACAUUCGGGCCAACAUGGGUAUUUCUGUAUGGAAGUCCAAGAGAAUAUAGUAUAAGUAAAGAACAUGAUGGUCUUGGUGAAGGUAUGGGUGAAGGAGUCUGUUAUAAAGGACGGUUAUUGAUGUCAAUCGAAUGUCAUCCGGUUAGUGGUGAUAAUGUAGCAAAUGUAAAUGUUCAAAAAGAAACCGGUGUGCAUUUUCCUGAUACACACUUAUUUCCUGUAAAACGAACUUUUCUUCUGUUUGGAUGCAUUUACAACGUGUCGAUGAUUGAUAAACAGUUUGGAAAUACUACAAUUUCUUUCGAAUUAAGUAUCGGAUCAAGUGGAUAUUUAAACAUAAAUCAAUUAGAUGGUUCAACAUCAGCAACCUCAUUGACACUACCAUAUCCACGUUUUCCCAUUCAAAACAAUACUCGACAUUUUUGUUUACCAAUUGAUUAUGAAAAACCGAUUCUGUUCACUAAAUACACAUUCCAUGAUUAUAGUUAUCGAAUGAUUCUAUCGAAUCGAUUAAAACGUGCAGCUGUUCAUAUAUCUCACUUGAUUCGUGAAUUUGAACUAAAUAUCAAUUCGAAAGUUUCAUCGGACGUUCUGUUAGAAAACUAUCAACAAAUGGAACAAUACAUCUAUACACUACCGUGUGGAUGCAAUGCUCAUGAUACAGUUCAUUCAACUCUUUACGAACUGUUAACCUAUCCGAAAUUAAAUCUUCGCAUGAAUAAUCUGGAUGAAAAACGACGAAAGAAAAUUCUCCAUGGUUUAGAAUCAUUGAAAACGUGGAUUACGAAAGAAGUCGACUUUAAAGAACAGAAAAUUUAUGAAACGAUCAAACAAUUACGGAAAAUCAGUCGAGCACUUCGUCAAUUGGCGAUCGAUGUUCAACCAUCAUUACCCGAUGUAUUCCUAUGGAUGAUGUGUGAUUCGAAACGAGUAGCUUAUGUGCGUAUUCCACCUGAAGAUAUUCUUUUUAGUUUAUGUCAAGGAGAAAAAGGUUUAUACAAUGGACACGUGCAAACAUUCUUCCUACGGAUACCACGUACAUCAAAUCAACCGAUUAAAUCUUCAACUAAUGCAAAAGUACAAAUCUAUCUUUCGCUUGGAAUUGAAGAUUAUGAAGCAAAUAUUUUCAAACAAUUGCCAUCGGGUUAUGAAAAACCUGUGUUACCGUUGACAAAUGACACAAAAUCAAUCCGAUAUGAUGGUUUAACAUUGAAUCUCAUUGUUCGAAUAAUUAAGAAUCGAUUUUGUAUUUUAGAAAGAUCAUUUUAUGAAUUGAGAUGCCAUUGCUAUAAAGCAAGAUCUCUAAUUGCUUCGGAUGAAACUGGUUUGUCCGAUCCUUAUUUGAGUAUAACUGCUGGAAAUGAAACACAGAUAACACCGGUUUUGAAAGAAUCUUUAUGUCCGCAAUGGAAUGUCACAUUAGUCUUUCGAAAUUUAAUACAUUAUGGAAGUCGAGAAACAGCAGAAGAAAUCGUCGGAAAUGUUGUAGUAGAAUGCUACGAUUAUGACGAAGCUAAUGAUGGACCUGAUUUGAUUGGACGAUUUUCUACAACAGCAAAGUUUGAUUCAGCGAACGAUGAUAAGUCAUCAUCGAAUUGUCCAUUUCAAUGGUAUGAAUUUAAAUAUGACGAAAAACGAGCCGGUGAACUUCUAGCUCUCUUCGAACUGAUUGAAAUCAAUCCAGAUCAUGAGCAGAAACAGUCACUUGAUGAAAUUGCUGUUACUCCCGAGCAUUUUCCACCUAACAUUUACAUAACAAAAGUACUGAAGAAUAAGAUCUAUCAUAUACCACAUAUACUUAUGCCGGACGUGAAACCUUAUGAAAUUGAAGUGAUGUUUUGGGGUCUACGUGAAUGUCGUUCGAUUAAUUUCCUACCAAUUCAGCAAGCAGAAGUCUCGAUCGAAUGUGCCGGCGCCCGGAUAACAAAAACCAUUAAAGAUGUGCAAAAAAAUCCAAAUUUCCAGUUAACAGGUUCUGAUACUGAUAAAUAUAGACUAAUCGUGGAUCUACCAAAAGACAAUAAUUUCUGGCCACAUUUAAGUAUUCAUUGUGUACAACACCGAUUGUUCGGAAUGAAAGAAAUCGUUGGAAAUCUCGUCGUCACUGAUUUACAGAAAUAUUUAGAAACACCGAAGAAUUAUCUUCGAUUCAAAAGCGAAGAGUUCGGUGAGCCGUCUUCGAAUAGAAUCUGGUAUGAUUUCAAUCGCGUUCGUAAAUCAGUAAUCGAUGCAUAUGAAGCUGCUAUCGCUGGUAAUGAUCGAGGCGUUGCGAACAGACAACUCUCAGUUUUCGAAAAAGAAGCUGGCCUGGAGAAAGUUAUAAGCGAUAAUCAAGAAGGGUUCAAACAUACUGAGGGCGAUAAUGAUGAUACUUCUAGCGAGGAGAGAAAGUUUUCAGCAGCUAACACGAUCGAUGAUACUCAUCGCGAACUAACAAGUUCUGAUAGAUUUAAACGAAAUGAAUUAGAAAAGACAGCGACAUGGUGGAGUAAAUAUUAUGCAUCAAAAGCCAAACUCAGAUUACAACAAAAGCCAAAAAUAGAUCCUGAAGAAGAACUUCAGAAUAGUAAUGGUAUCUAUGCCGACUUCUUUGACGAAGAAUCCAAGACUGUAGUCAAACAUCAUUGGUCACUGUGGACUAAAGCUAAACAAGCAUUCAUCCGUGCUAGAAAAGCUCGAAAAUGUUUACAGACGCGAGCAGUGCAUGGUCUUACCUAUCUCAGUGACAAAUCCAAAGCGAAGUCGGUUUUUGACGAAAGUUUAGACAUUAUCGAAACAGAUCGAUUGAAAGAAUUAACCUUAUUGCAAACAUUUGAAAUUCUGGAAACUGAACUGGAAAAUAUUGAUCUUUACGAAGGCUUUAGUGAUUGUCUUGAUAAGUUUCCAUUAUACAAAGGAAAAGGUACAAGUCGUUCCGAUGAGAUUGGUGAUGAAAAACGUGUUUACGCGAAGUUUAAAGGUAAAUUUCGUAUACGUGAGCUAACAGGCGAAAACUCACGUCGUGGUGCAGUAUUGAAUCUCGAUCGAAAUCAUCGAUCAUCUGUUAAUCCAGCUUUAUUCAAUGCUCAAAUUGAAUCCAUGGUUGAUCGAAGUUCGACUUCUGAUAUUCGAACGAAUCAACAAAUGCUUCGUUUCGACCUAAACCGAAAUCCUAUUACAUUAAAAUGUCGAUUAUACAUUAUCAAAGCAUUGUUAUUUCGUGCUUGGGAUCGAUCGGGUAAGGCAGAUCCAUACAUAAAAGUUUUGUUGAAUGAAGAAACCAUUAUUGACGACGUCAAAUCGAGACUUUCGAAUACUCUUGAACCGGUUUUUGGAAAAUCGUAUGAAUUUGAUGUAACCAUUCCUCAUCAGUCUCUAUUGCGUAUUCAAGUCUGGGAUUGGGAUUUAGCAAAUGUGAAUGAUAAAAUUGCUGAAACAAGAAUUGAUAUUGAAAAUCGUUGGUUUUCAUGUCAUCGAGCAACAUGUGGAUUAGCAAAAAGAUACGACAGUGCUGGCUACAAUGCUUGGCGUGAUACGAAAAAACCGACAAUUAUUUUGGAAGAUCUAUGUCGAACGGCAAAUUUGAAUCUUCCUGUUUAUGCCGAAAACUUCUAUGCAGUAACGAUCGAUAACAUACGUUUCGAUUGUGAUUCGGAAUGCAUCGAAUUUGUGACAAAUAGAUCGUUAGUCGACAUGGCGCAUCGUAAAGUUCAUCAUGAAUCACCAGAAGAAUAUAUUCGGCAGAAUACAGCAUUAGGAGCGCUUCAUAGUUGGGCAGGAAAAAUCAAUUCUAAAUGUGCUCUAGUUUCUGAGCACAUUGAAUGCCGAUCAUUGUUCGAUCCAAGUUGUCCUGACGUUGAACAAGGCAAAGUAGAAAUGUGGUUAGAUUUCUUUCCGAUGUCUCGUCAACCAUCAGGUACACCAGUGGAUAUUACACCACCGAAACCAACAUCAUAUCAAUUACGUUUAACAAUCUGGAACACGACCGACGUCGAAUUAAAUGAUGAAAAUUUUGUCACUGGAGAGAAAACGUCUGAUAUCUAUGUGAAAGCAUGGAUCCUAGGAGAGAAAGAAGAUGGUCAACAGACUGAUGUUCACUAUCGAUCAUUAACUGGUGAAGGCAAUUUUAAUUGGCGAUUGCUUUUUAAUUUUGAUUAUAUUGACAUCGAAGAGAAGAUCGUUUACGAGAAGAAAGAUUCUGUUUUUCAAAUUGGAUCAACAGUGAAGAAGAUUCCACCAAGGAUUGUUCUUCGAGUUUAUGAUGCUGAUCUGCUCUCCGCCGAUGAUUUCUUGGGUGAAUGCAUUCUUAAUUUAACACAUUUACCAGUCGGUGCAAAGUCGUCGAGUAAAUGUCGAGCAGAUAUGUUGUUGAACUCGAAACAUCGAGCGUUGAAUUUAUUUGUCAACAAACGUACUACGGGCUGGUGGCCAAUGAUUGCACCUAUAAAAACGGGAGAAAUUCGCGAUGUAACCCUACUAGGAGGUAAAGUUGAGGCUGAACUGUAUCUUGUUACUGCUGAAGAAGCUGAACAAAAUCCUGUAGGUAAAGGACGUGAAGGACCACAGCCACUGGAUGAACCAAAUCGUCCAAAGAAUUCCUUUCUAUGGUUUACAUCUCCUUGGAAAACAUUUCGAUAUGUUAUAUGGCGUAAUUUUAAAUGGUCAAUUAUUCUCGGGAUCAUCAUAUUCUUAAUCGUACUAUUUCUUUUACUUGCCCUAUGGACUUUACCUGGUGAACUUGUCCGACAAAUAACUAAUAAUAUAUUUAAAACUACUCGAUCAACAGUCUAA